AUGGCAAACAACCGAAAGCGCAAAGCAUCAAAUCUGUCGGAAAAUCAUGAAAAGCCGACUUGCUCGAAACACAGCCGUUCGUCACACGUUGAAGCCAGUGAACCUACCGGACAAGAUGAUACUUGGGACAAUAUUGAUACCGAAAUGGAGAACAAUCGAAAGCGCAAAGCAUCAAGUCUGCCUGAGAAUGAUAUAGAGCCUACUUGCCCGAAAAACAGCUGUUUGUCACACGCUGGAACUGAAGACAAAUGUCACUUAAUCGUUCACAAAAUGCAACAACCACUGUGGCACGCCAUCCCGAUUUGUCGCGAUACAACAACGGCAUUUAGCAACGCGCCACACCGCUACACAUAAAGGGUGACUCCGAAUCAAAACGUCAAAACAUACACUAUAUACACAUAUGGAGAUGAAAAUCAUGAAAACAUCACCAGAUUGUUAUUCCUCUUCUUGCAGUUAUAAAACACGAAAAGAGCAGUGAUGAUGUGAGCAACGUUUGUGAUUCCGCUUCGGUGCUUUUACACUAUACUACCUACUUCAUUUACAUUAGUUUUUGGUUCGAUUUCUGGAUGUGAAUUUUAGAGCUGAUGGACGAUAAAAUGCUUUUCUGAGAAGGAAGCAGCUGAGUUCCGCGAUCCUGCCACCAACUGUUGCUGCUUCGUUUCGAGGUUUGAGCGAAAAAAAAAUGCAAUCCUCUCCUAC